AUGGAGCCUCAGAUGGCUGUGUCACUGGCUUCAGCUGUCAUACAACUUGUCGACUUUUCGAGGAAAGUGGUCCAAAAAGACAAGGUGGGCAAAGUAUACAAAUCCACCGGCACCACCCUAGGAGAGGCUACACUGCUCGAUGACGCCAUCGCUAAUCUCGGCGACUUAUCACAACAACUUGAGAAGGCACGACGCGUAUACUGCAAGUCACACAUAUCCCCUGAUCAGGAAAUUGCAGAUGCGCAACUGAUAGCAUUGGCGAAGGAUGCUGGGGGAGUGGCGAAGAUCUUACAGGCCACACUGGAUCAAGCGAAGCGCGACAAUGACGUGGAUCAGCAGAAAGUACUUGCACAAGAACUACGCAGCGUUCUGAGCUUGUACUACAGUCAGAAGACGAUAUGUGAUCUUGCGGAUAAACUUGGCUCUAUUCGCAAGCAAGUAGAUGUCGCUCUGCUUGCCUCGCUCCGGUCAUCCAUCGCGCAUCACGAUUGGAAGACUACGGAGACGGUUGGUAUCUCGGCGUUUUCAGAUACAUUCGACACUUCCGUCGUAAGCAAUGAUAUCGAACGCCAUUUCGCCAGCUUGAUGUUGGCGCGCUUGCAUUUCUCUGGCAUGCACGAUCGGUACAAGGCGAUUCCUAUUGCGCACCCAGGAACCUCGCAAUGGAUAUUCGAUGCAAGUCUCGAACACCACAACACUGAUGACUUCGACUCCUUCCCUCGCUGGCUCACAGCAACAGGAUGUAGCAAUACAUAUUGGAUCAGUGGCAAGCCAGGUACCGGGAAGAGUACGCUGAUAAAAUUCGUGUCUAGUCACCCUCGCACCGCCACUCACCUGAGCGCCUGGGCCAAAGGAAGAACACUUGUCAAAGGAACCUUUUUCUUUUCGAGUCUGGGUAAUGACAUGCAAAGAUCGCGUAUGGGGCUUCUACAAACCUUGCUUCACUCUGCGCUAAAAGGCGACACGGAGACGGUGAUCCAGGUCUUUCAUCAUCGCUGGCAACAAUUCCUUGCUUCUGGUGGAGGUAGACGACCUUUCACAUGGCUUGAGCUGCGUCAGGCCUUCAUAACAAUGAUCUCCGCGCCUAUCACACCAAGAUCAUUCUUCAUCGCGAUCGAUGGCCUGGACGAGUUUGAUGGCAACCUGAGAGAUGUUCUUCAAUUGAUCAAGGACUUGGCUAAAUAUCCAUAUGUCAAAGUUUGCGUUGCCAGUCGGUCUUCAUCAGAGCUUCUGCGCGCAUCUGCAGGCCAGCCUAAUCUACGCCUUGAACGUUUGAACCGCCAGGAUAUCUGCAAUCACAUCACGGCCUCACUGGCAAAAUCGCAAGUAUACGUUAAUGUCAGCAAAACGGAUCCCAGUCGCGCUACGAAUCUGGUCAAAGGUGUAGCCAAGAAGGCAGCCGGUGUCUUUCUCUAG